GAACCCCACUGGUAAAAAUGAGAUAUAAGACUGAACGAGACAUCGCCAACAUGUAAUAUACGACUCAAGCAAGCUGGCGAGAUAGUACUGUAAGGAUUGGUAACAUGACUUUAAGAUUCUUGAUAGUCGUGGUGUUAGUAUGGUCAGUUUGUGGUCAAGGAAACCAGUCCCUUAAAGUAUGUAGAACGAAGGCUUGUAAACGCACGGCUAAAAAUAUUCUUAGCUCUAUGGAUCAGACAGUCCAACCAUGUGAAGACUUCUACCAGUAUGCAUGUGGUAAAUGGAUACGAAACAAUCCAGCACAGGACGGCGAGAUGUCCGUCGACCGCUACGAGAAACUAAGAGCAAGCAACGAUGAAUUUGUUAAGAACCUAAUGGCAGAUAGCCAAUCAAGACACGAGUACAGUAAGAUCAAAGCCAUAAUCAAAGCCUUCGAAUACUACGAUUCGUGCAUGAAUGUCACUGUCAUAGAAAACCGAGGCGUUCAGCCAAUCAGAGCACUGCUUUCCAAAUACAGUAUAUUAGUCGAUAAUUCAUGGGACGAGACAAACUGGAACCUAGAAGACGUGGUUAUUCGACUAUUGGAGGACUUGGGUACAAAAGCCUUGUUUGAGAUUAACGUGGAGCUUGGGAUGAGAAACAAUAGUUUCUACUUCAUAAGUCUCAAACAGCCAUCGAAGUUCAAUCUGCCUCGUGGAACACGAAAGGCAAAGCGCGACUCUUUCUUCCAAUUUAUGGUGAACAUAACUCAAGAACUUGGCACAGGAACAACUAAAGUGGACCUAAAAAAAGUUAUUGGCUUUGAAAGAACACUUGCAAAGAUUGCUCUUCCUGAAUCUAACAUGGAUUACAGAAAAAUGAAGAUGUCAGAGCUGGAAAAUGAGCUCGGCGUAGUCCCUAUCGAUUGGAUGUAUGUUCUUCAAGAGGUCAUACCAUCAGGUUCAAUAACGAACGAUACUGUGAUCAUCAUGAAUGGACUGAGCUACUUUAAAAAACUUAUGAAACUUCUUGAUAAUAAGAUCACGAAUGAUAAGAGAACGUUGGCCAAUUACAUAAUGUGGAAAGUUGUCUACAAUCUUCACCUUAAGCUUGGACAGACUUUCUGGGAUUUCCAUGGAAACUACAAAAAUGCCAUUGGUGAAAAUUGGUCCCAGGUCGACCGAGAAGACACUUGUAUGGAAGAACUCACGAGCCUAAAGGGGUUUGCUUUACCGCUGACUCGAGUGUUCGUAGACAAGAAAUUCAAAGGUGGAAACAAAAAGUGGAUUCUGCGUGCAACAGAGAGGAUUCGUAACAUGUUCGUAUCAAACCUUCAAGACAACACAUGGAUGGAUGAUGACACUUAUACUAACGCUACAGCAAAGGCAAAGUCGUUAAAGGAAGUGAUUGGAUACCCUGAUUUCAUCAUGGAUAACACCGCAUUGGAUGCUGAAUAUAACGACGUUGUCAUUGACGAGACCAAAUUUUUUGAGAAUUACUUGUCRUUGGUUAAAUUCUUGAUAAAAAAGCAAUAUAGAAUGGUYGGGAAACCACGCGAUGAUCUUGGGUGGAGUAUGUCACCAUUGGAAAUUAACGCGCAGUAUGAAGAUAGCUUUAAUAGAAUGGUUUUUCCUGUUGCUAUCUUACAGCCUCCAUUCUACAGCGGUGAAUACAGCAGUGCAGUGAACUUUGGAGGACUUGGCACAGUUAUAGGUCAUGAAAUGACUCAUGGAUUCGACGAUUCAGGUAAGAAUUAUGAUAAAAUGGGUCGUCGAGAUGACUGGUGGUCCAAGGUAACUUUGGAUGAAUUCAAAAAGAAAUCAAAAUGUCUUGUAAACCAAUAUUCUGGGUACACAUUUCAUCGACGGAACGUUAACGGACGAAAAAGUUUAUCAGAAAACAUUGCUGACAACGGCGGCAUCAAGUUAGCAUUAUCAGCCUACAGGGACUGGGUACAAGAAAAUGGCGACGAACCUGUUCUGCCAGGAACUAAGCUAACCAAUGAGCAACUAUUCUUCGUGAGCUUUGCUCAGAAUUGGUGUUCAUCGUUCAGUAAUGAAGGAAUUAAGCAGGAAUUGACCAGUAACUACAGUCCUUCCCCAGUAAGAGUGAAUGGUUCUCUCAAGAACUUUAAGGACUUUGCAAGUGUAUUCCAAUGCAAGCCAGGUGCACCAAUGAAUCCAACCAUCAAAUGUGGAUUGUGGUAAACUGAAUGGAGUAGUUAACAGCAAUGUACAUAACUAUUUAGCCAUGACCAGGAAAAACAAUUAACUACUGGCAAACAAAAAAUCAGAGAAAGAAGCAUUAUCAACACAUUAUCAAAUACAACAAAAACCAAGCGAACUCUAAUUCCAUUUCAGCAAUCAUUCAAUAAUUCGGUGGAUAUAGAUACAGAUAUACUUUCAAUAAACUCUCAUGAUCUGUUUUACGUUGUAGUAAAUUGCAUUUAUAAAUAUGCUUGAAUGCCAGGGCAUAGAAACAAUCUGGAGAAGGGACCCUUCAAAUGACAGAUUGAUAGUUGCUUUUUUAACAACCAUUUCACAUUAACACCAUUGUUUAAAAAGGUAUUUACGUGACAGGAAAUUGGGUUUGUAACAUAGAUUAGUACAAGUUUUAAUAAAGAAAGAUUAUCUUUUGA